AUGGAUCCCAUCGAGCCCGUGGAAGGCUCAACAGCCCCGGCUGGUGUUCCGGAGCAGCCACAGUCCGCCGAAGCAUCGUCCUCGCGGCCAACGCUACGCCCAAGAGCCCCUUCAAACCGUACGCGCCGGCCUAGUAUUCGUCUGUCGCGCCUACCUUCUCUCUCGUCAUUGGAUACGGUCAACACCCAGCAGCCACAACAGGUGCUUUCAGACAACCAACCCGGUCCUUCCUUGACCCGCCAGGUUUCCGUCAGAUCGCCCGUGCAGGAGGAGGAUGAAUCAUGGCAGUCUGGUCGGCGACGCAGCAACUCUGAGCCGCGACCAGGACGAUGGUCUUCUCCCCCACAGCACGUUCUCGCACGAGUGGCAACACCCAUGGGAUGCUUGACUGAAGAAUCAUCUCACCAAAGCCCAAUGCCACUAUCUCCAGAGGAGGAACUCUCUGCACAGCGAACGGCGGAGGACCACCUCCAACCGCCACCACCGGCACUCGCUCGCCCGGCAAGCCUGCUGCGCCGAACCAGUCAAGCCGCUUUGAACCGAUUCUCCCGCAAUCGCGCAUCGACAGUAAGCGGAGCGCAGCCAGCCCUCGAGACGAAUAAAGAGCAGCCCAUCACCGAAUAUGGAUCUCACGUGGUUGACGUGCUGGACGUGAUCGACCCGGAGGUCUCGGCUCUGUCGACCCUCACCAAUGUGCAAAACUCACUGUUCAUUCCCAAUCUGGGCGGUUUCAUCAAUCGCAUGCCCACAUAUCAAUUGUCGAGAGCACCUCCCUCUGAUGAGGAGCAGGGAACGUCCACGGACGAGGCAGAAUCCUUGGAGGAAAGACAAAACAAGGAGCGGCCGGCAUUGGAACACUUGCGUCCCUUCUCAAGCAUGCCGUCCGUGCUUCAGGGUCCGCGGUAUGCCGUUCUGCCCGAGGGCCAUGAGCUAGAGGGAUGGACCAAGGAGGACUUUGCCGAAUUGAAUGAUCACGUCCGGCAUAUGCUACACUCUCGUCGGUCCAAAUUCAAGCGAUCGAUGAGGGGAUUCGGUCAAUAUGUACGAAGGCCACUGGGAUUCCUUGUCACCCUUUACGCAACUCUCAUUACCCUGUUUGGUCUUGCUUGGGUACUCUUCUUGAUUGGUUGGAUCAAUGUCGGCGGGAAACAGUUAUAUGUCAUCAAUGUCAUUGACAACGUCCUUGUGGCGCUUUUCGCCAUCAUGGGUGAUGGACUGGCCCCCUUCCGAGCUGUUGACACUUAUCACAUGAUUUUCAUUGCGCGUUAUACAAUGUUGACUUGGAAGAUCCGUGAGAAGCGGAAGCUUCCUGAUCUCAGAGACAAGAACGAUCUUCCCGCCCAGCAUGAAAAGGAUGCGGAGGUUGACUUUGCCGAUACCCCCAAGGAAGAGGAGCAUGAGUACUCUGUACUAGAUGCCCGCCAGCAGGAGCGUCUGAUGCACCAUCAGGCCAAGUUUGCCAAGUCACAUACUUUCUACAAGCCGCAUGAGACGGUCACUCACCACGCUUUCCCUCUGCGCAUUCUCAUCGCCAUUGUCGUUCUCCUCGACUGCCACUCGCUGCUCCAGAUGGCGCUGGGUGCUUGCACCUGGAGUAUGGAAACCCCGGGACAGCGACCCUUCGCCCUGACUACGGUCAUCCUGUGCUUCUCUAUCACAUGCAACAUCACCGGUGGUGUUUUGAUUAUGAUUGGUGAUCGUCGUACACGCAAGAAGGAUGUCGUGGAGCGCCUGUUCCGUCAAGAGUUGACCGAGGAAGCCAUGAAGAAGAUGGAGAAGCGCAAAGUCAAGGAGGAACGCAAGAGUAUGCAACUCGAGCGCGAAGAGCGUAAGAGCAUGCAAGUCGACCAUGAAGGACGCAAGAGCACGCAACUGGAACGGAAAGAACGUGCGAGUAUGCAGGUCGACCGCAAAGAGGUCGGGCCCGAGAGUCCGCAGCACGAACGCCCCGAUCCGUUCAACAGCGCCUAA